GCUACCGCUGCCACGAUCUGAGCCUGUCCUCACCGUGAAGACAUGGCGCAGCUGGUGAAAGUAAAGAGUGAACAUGAGGAGUUUCAUCGGGACUUGUUCUGCAGAAUAAGCCAAGCAGAGGAGAACAGGCAGAGGGAGAACCAGGCGGCCACCAGGAUCCAGAGCUGGUUCCGAGCCUGUAAGGUGCAGGCCUAUGUCAGCCAUCUGCACAAGAAAGCAAUCAUUAUCCAGAAGAUGUGGUGGGGCUUCACAGCAAGGGCACGUUUCAGACAAAUGGUGAAGGCGGCAUAUUUUAUCAUGAAGAUGAAUUUCUACGAGGAGAUGGCGGUCAGGAUCCAGCGGAGAUGGAGAGGAUACUUUGUGAGGAAAUAUGUCCACAACUUCUAUGCACGCCGGAGAUAUCUGGAAGGACUCUCCAGAAAUAAUGAACUUGUCAGGAGGGACCUGGAUGAGCUUGAGGAACUUCAGAAGAGAGAGCGAGAUUGUCUGCAGGUCGUAAAAGAGCAAACAGACAGGGUUUACCAAGCGCACCGGUUGCAUCACCUCCUCAGUACAAAGCAGUGCCCAGGGAUCUUCAACUCUCCAUCCAGGCGAGCCCCCCAUGAGACAGAGCUGCUGCUGAGGCAGGUCAAGUACCAGGCCCCCACCAGACUUGUUCCCAUAGGCAGGGCUGGUCUCUUGGGCAUGCCGGACUCGACAGCCCCAAGUUUCCGUGGGAGUCUUGGAUCCCCGAGGAUCAAACCCACUAGAACCUGCUCCUUCAAGCCCAUUUUGCCCCCCAUUGCCAACAGGAAACAGCAGGGUCUGUUCCAGCAGCCAGGGGAAAUGUGGGACCAGUGUGUGCGUUGCCCUGACCUGACACUGCGUCUACAGAAGUCUUACACUCAACUGGAGGAGGCCCAGAAACAGCUGCAACGUCACAAGUCCACAACACUCAAGGGUGGCACACUAGAAACAGGAAGAAUGAACCACAGCAACAAUUCCUUCACACAGCCAGCCUGCACGAGCGCUUCAAAUCGCAGAUAACACACUGACUCAAACAGGAGCCGCUCAAGACAGUGUUCUCCACCUACGUCUGUGGUAAGUUCACUCGUCUGCAGCAUCACAAGGAACGGAGCGCUGUGCCUCCUGCUGGCCUGAGAAAAUGAAGGACGAAGUACAAAUAAA